GAUUGUGAGGUCACUGCGUCUUCUCCAUCUUAUCGCCCUCCAUAUUCCUCCUACGUCCGAUUAUGACGUGCCAGUCUACGUGACGCACCUUUCGCGUUGAGCGGGAGUCGCGGCAGGCGGAGGGCGGCCUGGGCGAUGGGGAGGAAGCGGACAGUCGCGGCGGACGUGGGCAGACAGCGACACCGGGCCGACAGCUGACUCACCGCCAGCUACAGCCCGGCCAGAUAAACAGGGGUUCGACUUUAGUACGCCGGCCGGUUGGCCUGCUGGCUGGCCAGCCGGCCGAGCCACUCUCUCAGCCAACAGCGGAGUUUGUUGUGAGCGGGUCGCAGCGUUUGCCGGUGGUCGCCCAUGUCAGCGCAGGGGCUGUCAAUGGGGAGUCACCUCCGGGGGGUCCUGGACGUGGCCCUGCGGGUCCCCUGCAUCUUCGUCAUCGACGCCAUCUUGAACUCUUACUUUGACGGCCUUGAGAGCCUGUCCACGGUGGCUCGACAAGUAUCACAGCGGUUGCUGGGUCUAUUACUGUCAUGUGUUAUCCUUGUAUUAUCCCAAAGAGCACUCUUCAGACUGUACGCAUUUGGCUGUGUUGUUCUACUUGCUGCAACGUCUGUGCUAGUGAACUACUACACCACGCUCCACAUUGAUUUCUACAAUGCAUACUAUUCUGCAGUGUUUGGGAUGCAGCUGUUACCACGCAAUGGCCCAACAUUGUGGUUGGCCCUUAUUGCAGUUCAGCUCACAAUUGGCAUUGGGUAUGCAACAUUACUGAGCAUUCCAUCAGUAUUCUCUGCAUUGACUGUGGUCAAUUUCUUACUGCCUAUACUAAGCCUGGCCUUGGAGUUACCAGAAGAUAUUCAAAAUCUGUUAGUUGCCUUUUCAGGCAUGUAUAUAACAGCACAGACUGUAUUUUACGUAACUCUGAAUUUAAAAUGGUUUUAUUAUACAAUAAGAUAUGUUUAUUUACUGUUACGGCACAUGUAUCGUAUAUAUGGAUUACAAGUUAUAGUGGAGGACACGUGGAAGAGGAUUCGUUUUCCAGAUGUAUUGAGGGUUUUUUGGUUGACUCGGCUAGUGGCACAGGCCAUUAUUUUAGUUUAUGUUGUUAAAGUGACGCAAAGUGAUUCAGAGAACAAAAGCUACUUUAUUUCCUGGAGUGACAGCUGGGAGGUGCUCUGCAAUCUCAUAAUAAGUGGAUGCGACUCAACAUUGACUGUCUUGGGCAUGAGUGCAGUUAUCUCAUCAUUAGCACACUACUUGGGACUUGGGAUCUUAGCCUUCAUUGGGUCUACCGAGGAGGAAGAUAAACGCUUAGGAUUUGUGGCCCCUGUUUUAUUUUUCAUUUUAGCUCUGCAGACAGGUUUGAGUGGACUGGAACCUGAAGAAAGACUAGUUCGCCUCAGUCGCAACAUGUGCCUUCUUUUGACUGCAAUCCUGCAUUUUAUACAUGGAAUGACAGAUCCUGUGCUAAUGUCACUUAGUGCCUCCCACGUUUCUUCCUUCAGAAGACACUUGCCUGUUCUCAUGGUUUCCAUUAGCCUUUUCAUUCUUCCAAUUAUACUCAGCUGCACCUUGUGGCAGGUCCACACACUGAACACUUGGCUGUUUGCUGUGACAGCAUUCUGUGUUGAAUUGUGCUUAAAAGUAAUUGUUUCCCUUACUGUGUACACUCUGUUUAUAAUUGAUGGGUACUACAAUGUUUUAUGGGAAAAACUAGAUGAUUACAUUUACUAUGUUCGUUCAACAGGCAAUGUUAUUGAGUUCAUUUUUGGAGUGAUAAUGUUUGGAAAUGGAGCUUACACAAUGAUGUUUGAAUCUGGUAGUAAAAUUCGUGCCUGUAUGAUGUGCUUACAUGCUUACUUUAACAUUUAUUUGCAAGCUAAAAAUGGAUGGAAGACAUUUAUAAAUCGGAGGACUGCUGUUAAGAAAAUUAACUCCCUGCCGGAAGUAAGAGGCAACAGGUUGCAUGAUAUUGGUGAUGUGUGUGCAAUUUGUUACCAGGAGUUCACUACUUCAGCACGCAUCACUCCUUGUAAUCAUUAUUUCCAUGCCCUUUGUCUGCGCAAGUGGUUAUACAUUCAGGAUACCUGUCCUAUGUGCCAUCAGGGAGUAUACAUUGAGGAAAGUCCAAAUGAAAGCACAGUAUUUGUCAAUAACAAUGGAAAUAUUCCACAACAACCAGUAGUGGAAAAUUUAGUGGUGGCGGCUGCUGUUGUUGAUGCUGACAGUGAUCUGAAUGAAGACAAUGAUAGCAUUGAGUAUGAUGAAGAAGAGUGGACAACUCAAAAUGGCAUCAUAGCAGUAGAGGAUGAGUACCUUGAUGAUGAUACAGAUGCGAGUGACGAGUGAGGCUCAAUGAUUACAAAGAUGUUGCAUAAUUUAAAAUAAAAGACUGCCAAUCAAACAUCAGGGAAGAAAGUGAUUUUUUUUCUUUUGCUUAGGUGAUUGUUCAGUUAUGUCAAACCAGUGUUGAGAAGGGUUUAAGAACUAAACUACAUUCCACUUAUCACUGGACUGCAGAAUAGACAAAGCACAGCAGCUGUGAAAAGAGACUGGUUCUGGACAAGUACUGUUUUCAGCCAAAUUAUUUAUUAUGACUGCUGUUGUACUGUUUACCUCUUAAAAUUGCUGGCCUCUUGUUCAAUCCUAAAAUUUGUGUAUACUGUAUAUGAAAUAAAAGUUUGACUUGCAUAAAA